UCGCGUCCGACUCGCACAGUACGUUCGUCGCCACCUCCGCAUCAAUACGUCGCCGCGUCGCGUGCUUAAAAUGGCGGGCGUCCCGGACGCCGCGACGCCCCGCAUCGACGGCGUCGACGAUAGUGGCGCACGUUAUUGAACAGCUGUUCUCGGAAAAUGGUGCACGACAGUAUGACGUUGUCCUGUGCACGGUGUACCCGUCUCGGUGUUGUGUGAUAGUUAUGUAGUUUAUUUAUAUAUUAUUUAAAAAAAAAAUAUGAGGAGGCAAACGCAGAGCCAGUCGCAGCUGCACAUUGAGCAGAGCGAUGAGGAGUGCACCACUUCAUCGCCGUCCCAAAUUUUGGAACGGGUCCAGUCGGAUAGGGUGACCGUGACUAAGCCCGAAGAGGAUCGAAGACGACGCACCAUAAUAGUUGAAAAGAAAAAUGGGUCGUACGGCUUCACCCUCCAAAGUUAUGGCAUCCACUACAAAAAAGAGCAGGAGAUCGAAAUGAUCACAUACGUGGACUACGUGGACUACGAUGGUCCGGCCUACAGAGCCGGCAUGAGGGAAGGCGACGUCAUACUUUCCAUAAAUGGCACUGACAUGGAGAAGGCGGACCACAAAACUUUGGUCAACUUCAUCAAGAACUGCGACACCAGAAUGCGAAUGGUUGUGCUUUUCGAAGACUGUGUAAGAAAGGUUGAGCUCCACAUGAGGUACAUUCAGUUGCAGCGAGUGCUGCAAAGUAAGAUGGCCGAGCUGGAGAAGCUUUGUAUUCGAGAGCGUCAAUUGUUGGAAGGAAAAUGGAAAACGCACAGUCUUCCAGCCAGGAAAAAAGCGUCACAUUCCAAUAACGGUGACCCGCCCACUCCCACUCAGGUGUCAUACUCCUAUUGCAGACCAACUGUUUCAACUGAGGACGUUGCAAAGGUGCAACACAAGCAGCAGACUCCACCCUUGGUAUUCGCUUACCAGUACUUGGAUUCCAGCUAUCGUUAUUUGUUGCAUCCGUCGAACAGUAACAGUGGUGAAUACUUGUUGACGUUCGAGCCACCAAAAUACAAAACAGAAUCGCACAAUGUCAUAGUUAAAACGCCCUGCGAACCGUCACAAAGGCAAGCCCGCGGAAAUCAAACCAACAGUAUGGAAAAACCAAAGAAGUCCCACGGCCCGUGCCACGCGUACACCGGCCACCUUUGCAACCCCUGCAUCCAAUCCAACACAAACAACGGAGACAACACCAGUCUGGAAGCGUACGAUUUAGCUAGUCCAUGUUGUGAUCCACAUUGCGUGCCAUCAAGACGUCGAAGCUCACGUCAAAAAGACAACCGAAAGAGAGACUCGAAGACUGAGGAAACACAAACGGACCCACAACCUGUUAGAUCUCGUCCACAUUCCCAAUCGUCGCAGACUCAAUCGCAAAACGUUCAUUCAUAUUCCGCACCUAGACGGUAUUUCCAAAUAGGUGCCGGAUUGGUCAGUCAGUGUAGCUUGCACUCGUGCACAUCCAGCGAACUGAGCGCUGUGGUACCGACAACUGUCGGUGACAGUUCCGCCAACAGUUACACAACCUCCUUAAGCACCGACACUCUCUACUGGGACGGGUCCUGUGAUACAACAUCUAGACAAUUAAGUUUAAAAUCCAACAAACACCACCAACAAAGGUACUCCCAGCAACCGCACGAACACGAACCAAUUUACGUGCAGUACAGCCAAGUCAAACCCAAAUCGUGGGAUAACCUAGCGACGAAAUCCAUAGGCGGCUAUGGAUUCGGCUACGGAUAUCUCGACACAUCAUCGAAAUGCUCGUCCAAAAUGAACGGUCAAAGGCACAAGAACCAAAACACGCAGUACGUUCGCAUAGACAAGCACUACAUGCAAAACCAAGCAGCGAAUCCACCCCAGUACACGCCGCACACGCACCGAAGACAUUUCCAGCCGACCAAAUCAACCGAAAGCUUAUUAUCCGUGCCUAAAUAUUCCAAUGAAGCUCUGUCCGACUCUAGCGCCUCGUGCGAAUGUCUCGAAUCCGCCUCGCCGAGUGCGGACACCGCUGAGGCGAGGUUCUUUCAAAGUCCACGACAGAGCGUGGUCAGUCCGACUGAUCCCAAUUUUGGAUAUUACAGUGCCAGGAGAUCUUCCCGUAGCGAAUAUCCGAAAAACGUUGUAUCUACAAGCUCAGAAGCGACCAGGCUGUAAACCAUAGAUUUUUAUAUCGAAACAGAAUUUUGUAUUUUUUGCUAAAUAUAAAAGUGUGCUUUAUAACGUAGCAGGUUUAUUUUUUAAAUCGAUUUGCAUUAAACACAUAUUUAUCGGGACUUAAGCAUCGACUUAAUUUCCUUGCUAGUUAUAACUUAAAUAUACAUUACAGAUAUCAGUAAAUAAAGGAAUAAUCGUAAAAUUUGAAUUAUUAUUGGUAACUUACCAAUGAUAAAGUUUUAUGAAUAUGCCUUUAAAAAGCCUUGUACUUAAAAUACAUCGAGGUUUAAUUAAAUGCUGUGGUUUAGAAACGUAUUCAUGUUGAUAUUGUUGUUAAGUCCUUUAUAUCGUUUUGUAUAAUUUUAUUUAUUAUUUAAUUAAUAAAACUAUUAUAAUUUUAUAGUGUGAAUUCUACUUUGACAAUAAAGUGCUAAUUUCAAGUAUUGUACAUAAAGUUUUUAAUAAAUUUUGUUCAAAACAAA